AUGAAAUAUCUGCUGGUGACUGGUGGUGUGAUAAGUGGGAUAGGCAAGGGGAUUAUUUCUAGCAGCGUUGGGGCGAUAAUGAAAGCCAAUGGUUGGGUGGUUACAUGCAUAAAAAUCGACCCCUAUCUGAAUAUUGACGCUGGCACGUUUUCCCCAUAUGAACAUGGUGAGGUUUACGUGCUUGAUGAUGGUAGCGAAGUGGAUUUGGACUUAGGAAACUAUGAACGCUACAUAAACGUUACUCUCACCAAGGACCACAAUAUAACAACGGGAAAGAUUUAUCAGCAGGUUACUCAACGGGAAAGGAGGGGCGAGUAUCUUGGGAAAACUGUCCAGGUCGUCCCUCAUGUUACAGAUGCUAUUCAGGAGUGGGUGAUUAAAGUUGCCGAAAUGCCAGUUGACGUCUCGGGUAGGGUUCCCGACCUUUGCGUGAUUGAGCUUGGUGGCACUAUUGGUGAUAUCGAAUCCAUGCCUUUUGUUGAGGCCUUUCGCCAACUCCUCUAUCGUGUUGGGUCCAAAAACUUUUGCUGCGCUCACGUUAGCUUGGUGCCGAAUUUAUCCUCUGUAGGUGAACCCAAAACGAAGCCAACGCAAGUCAGUAUAAGGGAGCUGCGUGGUCGUGGUCUGCAAGCGGACAUUCUGUUCUGUCGCUGCGACUGUGAGUUGCCCCCAAAAGUGGUAGAAAAGUUAGCUCUUUUCUGCCAAGUUCCUGCGGACCAUGUGAUCCAAGCUCGUGACGUGGAUAAUCUCUACGAGGUGCCCUUAGUCUUGGAGGCUCAAAAAGUAUCCACCCUUCUUUUGCAUCACUUUGACCUCGAGCCCAAGGCGCUUGGACCUGAGCCACCCUUGGCUGCCUGGCAGGCUAUGGUCGAUCACAUGCUGCACGCCACCGAAACCAUUCGCGUUGCUGUCGCGGGCAAGUACACUAAACUCAGUGAUGCGUACCUCUCGCUUUUAAAGGCGUGUGAACAUGCGGCAACUUACGUUAAUUGUAAGCUGAAAAUAGAUUUGGUUGACUCCGAGGAUUUGGAGCCGGCGAUGGAGCUCUCUGCACCUGAGCAGUAUCACGAAGCUUGGUUGUCGAUCAGCAACGCUCAGGCCGUCAUUGUUGCCGGUGGCUUUGGUCCUCGCGGCUGCGAGGGCAAAAUUUCCGUCAUUCGAUAUUGUCGGGAGCGCGGCAUCCCCUUCCUCGGUAUCUGUCUCGGCUUCCAGCUGGCUGUGGUAGAAUUCGCCCGCAAUGAUUCAAAUUCAACGGAAUUCGAUCCCAACACACCGUACCCGGUUAUAAUAGACAUGCCAGAAUUUAAUCCGGGUGAUAUGGGUGGCACUAUGCGCCUCGGCUCCCGUCGAACCAACUUUGUUGUCUCUUCAGUGGUGAAGGACUACCUCCAUGCCUUGUAUGACUUGAAAGCUGAUAGAGCAGCACAAGCUCCAGGAUCAUUUUCUGAUAAUGGUAUUGACAUAAUAGAUGAUUGUGAUGGUGCUGUUGAAAGUGAUAAGGAGAAUUUUCCUCAUUUGCUUUCGCACUUCAACAGCUUUCGCCUUGUGAACACUAGUCACAUUUACGCCAGACAUCGACAUAGGUACGAGGUCAACCCGAGUUUCGUAAAGGACUUUGAAUCUAGCGGAUUUGCCUUUGUUGGGCGUGACGCUGGAAAGGGCAACCGUAUGGAGAUUGGAGAGUUGAUACGUCCCAUUAACACGCAAAAUGGGAGUCGCAAGAAGACAGACGAAACGGUUGCAAGCUUACGGCACCAUCCCUUCUUCGUAGGCACCCAAUUCCAUCCUGAGUACACAUCGCGACCCAUGACUCCAUCACCCUUCUUUGUCGGUCUUAUCCUCACUGCACACGCUCAGUGCAGCCAAUCCGAUCAAAUCCUCCUGGACCUGCAAUCCACGAGCACCCUUGGUUCAAGACUUUUACUCUCGCCUUCGAAGCCUUGGCACCUCAAACAGCCCACCUCGAUGUCCUACAACUCUCUCUUUCCUCUCACCAAAGAGGCUUAG